GUGUUCCUCCCACUAUUUUCCACUGUGAGCGACAAGGCUGCACAUUGUGCCCAGACCCGGCCAAGCCAAGGUUACACAGGCGGGCUUUUUUUCUCCUUUUUUUUCUCACUCCGCCUCCAAAGGUAGGCAGUCCGCUGCUCACAGCUGCAUCCACUCUCUCCUGAUCCACUCUCAGGGCUUCUUCCUCCGUCUAAAUAAGGCGACCGCCCAGCUCCGUGGCUGUACGGUGAAAAAUGGAGACCUUCAAUCUUAAACUGAACGCGUAUAUCGACUCAUGGAUGGGUCCAAGAGAUCAGCGGGUUCGGGGAAUGCUGCUGCUCGACAACUACCCACCAACCUUUGCACUCACAGUCAUGUACCUUCUGAUCGUUUGGAUGGGGCCCAAGUACAUGAAACACAGGCAGCCGUACUCCUGCAGAGCCGUCAUGGUGUUGUACAAUCUGGGCCUGACGCUCUUGUCCUUUUAUAUGUUCUAUGAGCUCGUUAGCGCUGCGUGGCACGGAGGCUACAACUUCUACUGCCAGAACACUCAUAGUGCAGAGGAAGCGGAUAUUAAGAUUAUAAAUGUCCUCUGGUGGUACUACUUCUCCAAGCUCAUCGAGUUCAUGGACACCUUCUUCUUCAUACUACGAAAAAAUAAUCACCAGAUCACGUUCCUGCACCUUUACCACCAUGCUAGCAUGCUGAAUAUCUGGUGGUUUGUUAUGAACUGGAUACCCUGUGGUCAUUCGUACUUCGGUGCCUCUUUAAACAGCUUCAUCCACGUCGUGAUGUAUUCGUACUAUGGCCUCUCAGCCAUUCCAGCCAUCCGGCCAUACCUUUGGUGGAAGAAGUACAUCACGCAGUUACAGCUGAUCCAGUUCUUUUUAACUGUGACCCAGACAACUUUAGCAGUCAUAUGGCCAUGCGGCUUCCCCAUUGGAUGGUUGUACUUCCAAAUAAGUUACAUGUUUACACUCAUUAUCCUUUUCAUGAACUUCUACAUUCAGACUUACAAGAAGAAGAGCAGUUCUCAGAGGAAGCAUCCACAGAACAGCUCCCUGCUAUCAACAAAUGGACAUGCUAACGGGACGCCAUCAAUGGACUUCACCGCACCCAAGAAACUGAGGGUGGAUUGACAUUUGAGAAACCUAUUUCUCAAUGUAGCGUGUUAGCUAAUGCUGCUAGAUGUGUCUUCUUACCUAGAAUAGCCUAGCACUUACUUCAGAUGAAAUAAGCCAUAGCCACAUACAGUAUAGCCAGAGACUUUCCAUGUUUUUGCACAUAUUGCUACUUACUGUACUGAAUUAUUGACUUAAUGAAGAAAAUUAAUAUUUUGUAGUAAGGUUGACACUGUACAAUAUUGCCUUCCCCACCUUCUAGAGGUAAUGAUAAUCCAAAGCAAACAUGUUGUUCUUGCUACCAGCAAACAAGCACACAUUCAGUAACGCUUUACACACGCAAGAUCUAAAAAUGAAAGCUGCACCGAGUGUGUUGGCAGCUGAAGGUUCUUAUCACACUCAGUGACGUCAACUUGAGGGACGACUGAAAACAUGCACACGUACACGAUGCUUACUGUGGUCCUUAAUGUGUAACCAGAAUACGCAUCUCGCGUCUCGCUUUAUCUCAUUCCUGCCUCAGCAGUUGCAUCAUCUUAAAUGUUGCUCUCUGUAAUACUGUAAUGCAUACUUACUGAGAGGCUGUAACAACUGAAAUUGCACAUUUGCAGAAAAAUAUUCAGUGCAGGGUCUCAAAUUUGGAAUAUUUAGCAAUCUAACAAAGCAUAACCAAAGUAUAGUGUUCUGCACAUUGUAGGAUUUCUAUUUAAAAAGCAUUUAGGACAGCGUGACAGGGCAGCUGUGGUGUUUCAUGAGAGUAGUUUAAAUUCAGUUCUGCUUAAUAAAUUCUGAAAAUUUAGUCUUCCCUUGUCCACUGAGCUUUUAAGACCUUAAAUAUAAUUUGAUUAAAUGAACCUAUGCCAUUAGCACUGCAGCAUAAAUGCUUAUUUUUAAACUAUUUAGAUGGUAAAGAUAAUCAUAGUGUUUUUGGCUAAGUAAGUAAAUAUGUUGUAUUCAGACAAAUUAUAUAGUUGACUAUGAAAGAUCUGUUAUCUUUAGAUCAAGUUGUUGAAAGGCAAUCUUACCCCCGUAUUCAUUUAGGUAAACCAGAUAGAACAUCUAUGAUCUGCUUGAACACGUGACUAAACAUUCAAAAACUGGAAAGAUUAUGACAACUGGACGAAUCCCAUUGCUGAGAAGCUUUACAUUAAAAGCUCUGUUAGGACAGUUCAUUAUUAAUAUCAUUACAAUUCUUUUUAAUUAUAUCUUUAUUGAAAUAGGGUCUUCUGUGCCUUCUGGACCAGCUGAUUUGGUUUCUAAUGUAGCAUUUUCACAUUUUUCUUAAUGUUUGUUCACGUCAGACAAAUAUGUGUCCAACUUCAUGUCUGAAUCCUGUGCCUGAAUCUACAUUUCCUUUAUGGAAUUUGAGAAUUUCAACAAAUUAUUAUUUCUAACAACUUCUAAUCAUAAUUUGAUGUUGAUAAAACAGAAUAGCAAAAAAAAAACAACAGCAAAAAAAAGACCGACCUUUUUCUACUCAAAAGUAACUACAUCCACUUAAAAAACCCUCUAAAGCUCACUUUGGAUCAUAAUGUACGUGAACAUAGUCAAAGUAGCUUUUCUCCCGGUUCUCAGCCUUCAUGCUAAGCUACUGGCUGUAGCUACAUGUUUGGCACACAUAUAUCAGCAAAUGAGUAUUUUCUCUAUUCCUCUCAUAUCUCUCCCCCCCCCCCCCCCCCCCAAAAAAAAUAACAGCUUCCAACGAGGGAAAAAGAUUUUAGUGAUUAAACUAUUUAUUAAUUCAGUUUCAUUAUGUUAACAUUUUUUUGUGUUUAAUUUCCAAGCAGAGGCGGUAGUAAAUGCUGGUAUGGAAAAAGAAAUGUAUAAGGGUGGCUAAAGUAUGAAUCUUAAAUUAAUUUCCGACACUGUACCCAUGAAAUCAUACAGGCAUGUAAUGACAUGUAAUAAGAUGCACUGAGAUCAAAGAUUUUCUAGAUUGUUAAAUCGAUAGAUAUAUUUUCUGAAAUCAGGUCAUGAAUCCAAAUUAAUGUGUUAGAAUUUGUUUAUUCACUGUAACACAUUAAAAAAAAGACUAUGAACA